AUGACUACAGCCACCAUCUCCAGCAGCAGCUAUUUCGACUCUGGCGACGGUACACGGUACCGCGACUUGGAAACCGAGCUGAAAGCACCGCCACCGCCCGCUCCGCUCUCCAUCGACGAAGAGGAGCGCGUCAUGACUUCGCCAAGAGUACAGACAGUUCAGUCUGCUUCAAACGUCUUGGCAUUGGCCUCACGAUCCCGUAGCACUGACAGUUUAUCGGCUUCUGUGCCCAUGAGGCGCUUCAACAGCUCAGCUAGUAUGAUGCAAGCAGCCAUGGAGCGUAAGCGUAGCUUAGGAAACUCUACCAGUGCCGCUGCCAUGAUGCGAGCUGCCAAGGGGACUGCGGGCGAGGAGCGUACAGGUUUCGCCCGGAUUUACUUUGAGAACAAAAGUUUCACAUCUUCAACGGUGUUUAAACUGCUCAGCACGACCACCGUACUCGAGGUGAGACAGUCGAUGGCGGCCAAGAUCAAGAUCCCGGUGCAAGACUUUAAUAACUACGCUAUUGUCGUGGUAUUCCCGACGGAUAAUGCCGGGUCACUGUCUGCGAGGACGUUGCGAGAUGAAGAGCUCAUCCUGCCGCUCGUCGAGAGAUUGAACCGCGCUCGUCCGGCGCAGACAGUGGAGGCGGACGACACGAUCGGAGGCACCACUCGAGCCAAACCCAAACAUCGCUCCAGACCACCGGUCAAAUUUGUGCUCAAGGACGUGCAAGGAUCUCAUCUGGAUAUUAGUGAAAGUCCUGCGCCGCCACGGCGUCAGGCAUCAGAGACGCAGUCGAUCAACUUCCCAGUGUUAUUAGGAAAGGGUGUGUAUUCAGGCUACCUUCAGAAGGCAAGCUCCAGGGACCCGACAUUGUGGAGAAAGCGGUGGUUUAUCAUCAAAGGAGACCAGCUGCUGUACUGCAAGUCGAACGUGAAUCAACAGGAUGUAACAUCAAUUAGUCUGCUUGGUGCUGUUCUCGCGAAGGCGAAGCCGGAAGUGCGCGUGCCCUUUUCGUUUCAACUCAAGACUCCUCGGCGGGAUUACGAGCUCUGUGCCAGCAGUAAAGACGAAAUGGUGGCGUGGAUUCACGCACUGCAUGUCCAAAUUGGCCUAUGCUCCGAGAAUCAUCGCUUAUAUGAGGCCGAAAUUUGGAUCACAGAAGACGCUGUCAAUCGAAGCGAGCAGGAGUCGUUUGUACCAUCAGCAGCUGAACCGUCAUUGCUUGAGCGAGUGCUAUCUCGAGAAGACACGCUGAAGCUGUUCCGCGACUUUGUGUUUACGACUCAGUUCCAGAGUCUACUGGACACGUGGAUCGAGUGCGAGCUGUUCCGUCGAAGCUGUCUUGCCCGCGAGAAUGGGCUCGUAACUAGUGCAGGAAUGGCAAAUCGACGUACACCGCAAGACGAAUGGGACCACUUGAAGGACAUUAUACGCGCGAUCCAGCUGCUGAACAUCGUACACGCCGACGAACUGAGCCAACUUCGGCAAUCUUUCCAGACAGAUCAGAGUAGUCGUCGUCUUAGCUUGAAUAGUGACGGCUACGAGGAGUAUCCGCGGACUGAUGUUAUCGUUCCAGUUCAGCGGAAAUUGUUCAAGGCGAUUGAAGCGGGGCCAUUCCAACAAUUCCUCUUACAGAACGGGUAUCGACUACUGCUGGAGCGCACUAUUGGGGCCAUCGCGUAAUUGCAGUGUUCGUGAAAUAGUAAAACAAAGUUACAAAUGUACCUCAAUGG